GUGAAGUGCAAAGUGACCACCAUUAUGCUCUGUGUUAGUAUUUUUGUGGGAUUGGUGUUAGAGUCCUGGUCUUUACCUGUGCAGAACUCUUCAUUGGUCCAUCAUACAAGGCUGAGGUCAAAGAGAGAAUAUUCAGAGCAAUACGUGGACCCAGAGGAGAUGAAUGCCAUGGACAGGAUCCUCAGAGCAAACCAACUGUCCAGAGGUUUUCCAUUACGGGAGGGUGACAUAGUGAGUUCAGGAUCCCGCAGUGCCAUCACAUGUUUAGGAGAUUCUUGCCGCUGGCCCAAAUCCGUUGAUGGUUUUGUGUAUGUACCUUACAUCAUUUCCCCACUAUAUGAUGAUAUGGACAGAAUCACUAUAGAAACAGGAAUGUUGGACAUUUCCUCUGCAACAUGUGUGAAGUUUGUGCCUCGCACACAUCAAGCUGACUUCAUUAAUAUCCAGUCUAGAUCUGGCUGCUGGUCAUAUCUGGGAAUGACAGGAGGCAGUCAGACUGUGUCUUUGCAGUCACCGGGCUGUAUGUGGUCAGGGGUGGCAUCCCAUGAGAUAAUGCACGCUUUGGGAUUUGUACACGAGCAGUCCCGCUCUGAUCGUGACCACUAUGUUUCCGUCCUGUGGGAAAACAUCAUAGAGAAUCAAAGGCACAACUUUAGGAAGUAUGACACAAACAACCUCAAUACAGCAUAUGACUACAAUUCUGUAAUGCACUAUGGGAGGUAUGCAUUCUCAGAGGAUGGGGGACCCACUAUCAUCCCUAAACCAGACCCUUAUAUUCCCAUUGGCCAGCGAGACGGACCAAGUCUUCUAGACAUUCACAAAAUAAACAUCUUGUAUAACUGUGGUGGCAUUGUGUGAAACAUAAUUUAUGAAAGAGCCAGGACCCACCUUAAUUCUCUGGACAACCUUUAUUCACCUUUCCUUUUCAUUUUAUGAUGCAUUGAGAAUUUCAAAUUUCGCAAUUAAUAUUUUAAAAUGUAUUCAUUAGUAUCAUAAAGAUUUAAGUUCACUCCACAUGACAUUUUAACUACUAAACUAAUUUCCCCUCAUUUUCAUGAGGGUCCUCUCAUCAAAUUUCACCAUGUAUUUUAUUUUAUAAAUUAAAAACAUUCUCAUCAUAAAACAUUUAUA